ACCUAUCGGAAAAACGUGCAGCAAAUCAUCCAGAGCCUCAUCCGUAAGCUGGCCUCUCUCAACCAAUAUGAGGAAGUUCUUGCAAAAAUCAACGCUACUUCAACCGAUAGGCUGACGGUAUUAAAGACCAAACCUCAGGCCAUCCAACGAGAUAUCAUCACCAUCUGCAGCGAUCCUUAUAUGUUGGCCCAGCAGCUGACUCACAUAGAGCUUGAGAGACUUAGUUACAUCGGUCCACAAGAAUUUGUCCAAGCGUUUGUACAGAAGGACACCCUGGACAAUGAGAAG